UACCCUUUUUUGUUUUUCUCCCAAAAGCUCCCAAAAGCUCUACUUUUCUAGAAAGAUGAAAUGAGAAGACUGAGGAGAAAAAGAAGAAGAAUCUACAAUGCAUUCCAGUUUCUUUAACCAAUGUAAACUGAAGACGAAAAGCUGGAAACAUAGUCUUUCGUCUGCACAAAGAGUUUACCCAAAGGUUCCAGUGUUGGAAAUACUUCCAUUUCUUUUUUCCGGUUUUGGGGAGAAGAAAGCACAGGAAAUAUGGGUGACCCAUUUGAGGAAGAAGUUGAAGUCCCUCCAUUUCUUCUUGAAGCACCCCUGCCAUCCUCUGUAGAGGCGAUGCUCAGAAAAAUCUGCAGCGAGCAGUGUCAAGAACCACCGGACGUUGGCAUAAGGAGAAGGCUGGGUUCCAUUGGCGAACAAGGCUCACUAGCGAUUCUCAGAAUCAUAUCAUCUCGGCCCAUAAGGAAGACUCUCUCUGCUUUUCUUGUUUAUUUGAUGGAUCGCUACCCGGAUUGUCUCUCCUCUAGCCCCUUCGCUAGUCCUCAGAAACGCACCUCCCCUUCUCUCCUUCCAACCCCAGAGAGUAAACGUGUACAAGGUGAAAGCUCUACUAAACCAAAGCCUAAGAUUGGCUCCUCGCCCUGUGUACAAUUUGCAAGCCCUCACAGAGUUGUUCGCCGGUUAUCAUUUCGCGAUGAGCCAUCGCCUGAAUCUAAUUGUAGAACACCGUCACCGAAUAUCAGCCAACAGUUGAUGAUUCUCAGGGAACUUGAAUUCAGGAAAUUGUUUCUAGUACUGAGCUACAUUGGAAGCAAGAAGUUGGAAGAUGUUAUAUCCCCUAAAAUUGCUGAUGAUAUUGUAAGAAAGAAAACUCUUCCCAUGACUGAUUUUGAAUCAGAAAUUUGGAAUGCCUUCGGAAAAGCAUGUUAUGCUGAGUCAGAUCGAUCAAAGUACUUGGACUGGGAUUGCGGGAAGACACAUCUCUACUAUUGCCACAUUAAACAGAAUGGAUAUUGUACCUUCAAGGGUCCAUAUUUGAACACAACAAGGACUCACUUACAGAGAGCCCUGGGGGACGAAAAUGUAUUGAUCGUCAAAUUUGUUGAAGAUGCAUGUUGUGCCAAUAUAAUUGUUGAGGAAGGCAUUCUUGUUGGCUUCAGACGUUACCGGUUUUUUGUGUACAAAGAUGAUAAAGAGAGGAAGAAAACCCCAGCCAUAAUGAAGACAAAAACAGCUUCUCUGAAGUGCUACUUUGUUAGGUUUGAGUCCAUUGAAACUUACAAUCAUGGAGGAUCCUAUGUAUUUGCUGCCAAAAGAACCAGCGAAGCAAGGUGUCAUUUCAUGCAUGUGCAUAUGGUUUCUAAUAUGGCAAAAUAUGCAGCCAGGCUUUCAUUAAUUCUCUCAAAGACAAUUAAGCUUCAAGUGAACCUUGCUUCUGUCACUAUUGAAAGAGUUGAAGAUAUACUUUGUCGGGAUGAAAGUGGUUGUAUUAUUUGCGAUGAAGAUGGCGAACCUCGCAUACAUACUGAUGGAACUGGUUUCAUAUCAGAAGAUUUAGCUAUGCGGUGUCCCAAAGAUUUCUCCAAAGCAGAAUAUAUAAAGGAUGAAAAUUAUGAGAAUUUUGUUGAUAUUGUUGACCUUGAAGACAUGAUUGCGGAAAGAAGAGGAAAUGGUUCUCUGAAUAAGGAACCGCCUUUGUUGAUGCAGUGCCGCCUUUUUAAAAAUGGUUGUGCUGUCAAGGGAACUUUUCUUGUUAAUAGAAAGAUUGGAUCUCGAAAAAUUCAGAUUCGACCCUCAAUGGUGAAGGUUGAGACAGACCCAACAAUUUCAGCUCUACCAACUUUUAACUCAUUGGAGGUAGUUGCAAUCAGUCAUAGACCGAGGAAGACAUACCUCUCCAAGCAUUUAAUUUCUCUGCUGAGCUAUGGAGGAGUCGGGAAUGAAUUCUUUAUGGAGAUUUUGGGAAGUGCUUUGGAAGAGACGAAACAAGUGUACUUAAAGAAGCGGGCAGCACUAAAAGUUGCUAUCAACUAUAGAGAAAUGGAUGAUGAUUGUUUAGCUGCAAGGUUGAUAUCAUCUGGUGUACCUCUCAAUGAACCUCAUCUCCAUGCUCGCUUAUCUAGGCUGGCGAAGAUUGAACGAUCUAAACUUCGAGGAGGAAAGCUUCCUCUAAGUGACAGCUUUUAUCUUAUGGGAACAGCUGACCCCACUGGUGUACUGGAAAACAAUGAAGUUUGUGUUAUUCUAGAUAGUGGUCAAGUUUCAGGGCGUGUUUUGGUCUAUAGAAAUCCUGGUCUUCACUUUGGGGAUGUACAUGUGAUGAAAGCACGAUAUGUGGAAGAGCUUGUAGAUAUUGUUGGCGAUGCCAAGUAUGGUAUAUUUUUCUCCACUAAAGGUCCAAGGUCAGCUGCUAGUGAGAUCGCCAAUGGUGACUUUGAUGGUGACAUGUAUUGGGUUUCCAUAAACCGUAAGCUGGUAGAUUCUUAUAGAGCAAGUAAACCAUGGACUCGUAUGCAUUCAACUCCUAAGGCAGUCAGCAAAAAGCCAACUGAAUUUUCAGCUGAUGAAUUGGAAUAUGAGCUGUUUAGGCAAUUCCUGGGAGCAAAGUCUAAAGGUGCCAGUAUGUCAGUGGCAGCUGAUAGUUGGCUGGCAUUUAUGGAUCGUCUUCUUAUGUUGCGAGAUGAUGAUGUGGAUGGGAUGCAUAGCUUGAAAGGGAAGAUACUUCACCUGAUUGACAUCUACUAUGAUGCAUUAGAUGCACCUAAAAGCGGGAAGAAGGUUAGCAUCCCUCAUGAUCUGAAGGCAAACAGGUUCCCACACUAUAUGGAAAGAGGCAACCCCUUCAGCUAUCAUUCAACUUCUAUUCUGGGUCAGAUUUAUGAUUAUGUCGACUCAUAUCCAGAUGAAGAUUUGUGUAUAACAGAGAUCUCAAAACUACCUUGUUUUGAUGUUGAAAUCCCUGACGAAUGCAUGGCAUUGUGGGGAGAAAGAUAUGAAGAGUACAAAAAGGACAUGACAAUGGCCAUGAACUCUGGCUGUGAAGUGAAAAAUUCCGCUUGCAAUGAAGUUAUAAAGAAGUACAAGAAGCUGCUCUAUGGUGCUCCAGAGUUUGAACAAAGUGCGAGAAAGACCAAAGACAUCUUUAACGAGGCCCUUGCAUUAUAUCAUGUAACAUAUGAUAAUGCCAGGAUCACAUACAGCAUCGAAAAAUGUGGUUUUGCCUGGAAAGUAGCUGGUUCUGCUCUCUGCAGGAUCCACGCCAUGUAUCACAAGGAAAAUGCCUUUCCAAUUUUGCCAUCUAUUUUACAGGACAUAUUGUAGACCGACCUGUUGUAACUCUGUAGGAUUGAAGUUAACAAAUACUAGCAUUGUUGCUAGUGUAUUAUAGAAUUUCAAAUUGUACAGGCUCGUUAGCAAUCGGGCAUGAAGGAGUGAUGUGGCAUAGAUGAGGAUUGCUAUUUAUCUUUUUUUCAACAAUUUUUUCCUCUAUUAAUAAA